AUGGCUUGUCUCAGUGGGUUCAGCCUGUCUCGCAUCCCCUCUAUCCUGAUGUUGGCGGUACUGUACGUGGCCUAUGUGUUGAUCGGAGGACUGAUCUUCUGGAAGCUGGAAGGAGGUCUGGUGCGGCAGGAAAAAGCCCGUAUACUUGAGGAGAAGAGAUCACUACUAGACACAUACCCCUGUCUGAACCAAGAGGCCCUGGAUGCUAUAGCUCAGGUAUUUCGAGAUUCUUCCAAGGUUGGGCUUAGUCUGAAAGGGAACCAGACCAUGGACAGCUUCUGGAAGUUCACUAGCUCUUCUGUGUUUGCUGCCACUGUGGUCACCACUAUAGGCUAUGGCAACAUGAGCCCCAGUACAACGGCAGGUCAGAUCUUCUGUGUGUUCUUUGCUCUGUUUGGGAUCCCUCUGAACAUGGUGGUGCUGAACAGAGUAGGCAAGUACAUGCUGGCCAUAGAGAGGAACGCCUCCGAUUUCAUCCAGGGAAAGACCAACCACAGGAAGUUAACCAGGUUCAUGAUCCACCUGUUGUCCUACCUCUCUGGAACAGCACUCUUCUUUGUGAUGCCCAUGGUGGUGUUCAAACAGCAAGAGGGCUGGAGCUACUCACAGGCGAUCUACUAUUGCUUCAUUUCACUCAGCACCAUUGGCUUUGGAGACUACGUCGCAGACAGUAAUCCCGACCAUUACUAUCCAGAGUGGUACAGCGUCCUCAUGGCGUCCUGGAUCUUCUUCGGCCUGGCCUGGUUGGCCCUAGUCAUCAACCACACCAGCGACAUCCUGGAGCGGCUCAACACCCACCUCAAACACUGGUGGAGCCCUGAGGAACCUAGCAACGCAGGACCGGUGGAUGAGGUCAAGGAGCCCCCGGUGGACGGUUAAAAGAAAUAAAGAGAAAAUAAAAACUGUUGGUGAUGUCAUCCAGACAAAGAAAGAGGUGGUUGCAUCUAGACGCUGGUCUUAGGGUCAGUUUAGCAUUUUCCUCAUUAAUGGUAAGGAUUGGGGUUAGGAUUGAGGGAGGGGAAGAAGAUUCUAGAUCUGCAUCUAGGGGAAACUAGCAGUGGGUCAGACCUGGGAUUGAACAUGAAGCAAGCACGGGAUCAUGAUGAGCAGCAAUGGGUUGGCAGUUCUUCUGGUAGUGCUAAAUGUUAAUGCAAACAUACUGGGACCAUGUCUAUGUUCCCUCAGCCCCAUGUUCCAUCAGCCCAAUGUUCCUCUCAGUCCUAUGUCCCCUCAGCUCUAUGUUACCUCAGUUCUAUGUUCCCUCAGUUGUAUCUUCUAAACGAGGGAUCAGCAACCCAAAUGAGAGGAAGAAACAUUUUUGAAAUUCUUUCAAUAUGGAGUAUUUUUGGGUCUGUGCAGAAUGUAAUCUUGCUUAACCCAUAA